AUGGACGAGCUCUUCGACGUCUUUGAGGACCAGCCUCAGGCUGUAACGACCUCCGGCGGUGCGCCGAAGCGCUCCAAGAAGGAGAAGAAAGACAAGAGCAAGAAGCGUGCCGCCAACGGAGAUGUGAAGAAUGACGCUACUGUACCAGAUCAGAUGGAGGACGUGACACCCUCAGUUGCACCUAUUGUGAAACCCUCCUCAGAAGCCGAGAGACCUAUCGCCAACAACGAGCAGCCCGAGACUAAGCGCCUUCGACUCGACGAAGCACCCCAACCCGUUGUCGCCGAUUCCUUCGAAACCGAACAAGAGCAGGAGAUUGCCCCAUCUGGUGGCUUGCAAGACAGUCAGAAUGCGACUUCUAUCAAGGUGUCUCACCAAGUGCGCCACCAAGUUGCGAUCCCACCAGACUACCCUUACGUGCCUCUCUCGGAACACAAGCAACCGGAGGACCCGGCAAAGAUCUAUGCGUUCACACUCGAUCCUUUCCAGCAGCUUGCGGUCAAUGCGAUUCAAAGAGAGGAGAGUGUGCUGGUUUCAGCGCAUACUAGUGCCGGAAAGACUGUGGUUGCAGAAUACGCUAUUGCGCAAAGUUUGAAGAGGAACCAGCGAGUCAUCUACACCAGUCCGAUCAAGGCCCUGAGCAACCAGAAGUAUCGUGAAUUUGCGGCUGAAUUUGGCGACGUUGGUCUCAUGACUGGUGAUGUGACCAUUAAUCCCACAGCUACCUGUCUUGUCAUGACUACGGAAAUUCUUCGGUCGAUGCUGUAUCGCGGUUCAGAGAUCAUGCGUGAAGUUGGAUGGGUCGUAUUUGACGAGAUUCAUUACAUGCGCGACCUAAACCGUGGUGUCGUCUGGGAGGAGACAAUUAUUCUUCUCCCCGAUAAGGUUCGCUACGUCUUCCUGUCGGCCACUAUCCCCAAUGCCAUGCAAUUUGCCGAAUGGGUUGUGAAGAUGCACAACCAGCCUUGUCACGUUGUCUACACCAACUACCGUCCGACUCCCCUUCAACACUACUUCCACCCUGCCGGUGCCGAAGGAAUCCACCUGGUUGUGGAUGAGAAUGGUGUGUUCCGUGAGGAGAACUUCCAGAUAGCCAUGGGCUCGAUCGCAGACAAGAAAGGCGACGACCCCGCCAAUGCCUUGGCUAAGCGCAAAGGCAAGGGCAAGGACAAGUCAAUCAAUAAGGGCGGAGAAAAGGGUCCCUCGGAUAUCUUCAAGAUCGUGAGAAUGAUCAUCAUGAAGAAGCUCAACCCGGUCAUUGUUUUCAGCUUCAGCAAAAGAGAGUGCGAAAGCGGUGCUCUCCAGCUAAGGAACAUGGCAUUUAACGAUGAUUCCGAGAAGGAGAUGGUUCAAAAGGUCUUUGACAGUGCUAUGGAGAUGUUGUCUCCUGAAGACCGGAAUCUACCCCAGAUCAGCAAUCUCCUGCCCCUCCUCCGUAGAGGCGUUGGUGUUCACCAUUCUGGUCUUCUUCCUAUUCUCAAGGAGACUAUCGAGAUUCUCUUCCAGGAAGGCCUUAUCAAGGCCCUCUUCGCCACCGAAACUUUCUCCAUCGGCCUCAACAUGCCUGCCAAGACUGUUGUCUUCACCAGUGUUCGCAAAUUCGAUGGCACCAGCCAGCGCUGGGUUACGCCAUCUGAGUUCAUUCAGAUGUCUGGACGAGCCGGUCGAAGAGGUCUUGAUGACCGCGGUAUUGUCAUCAUGAUGGUUGGUGAAGAAAUGGAUCCAGCGGUUGCUAAGGAGAUCGUUCGUGGUGAGCAGGACCGAUUGAACUCGGCCUUCCACCUUGGAUACAACAUGAUUCUCAACCUGAUGAGAGUGGAGGGUAUUUCCCCGGAGUUCAUGCUUGAAAGGUGUUUCAAACAGUUCCAAAACACUGGCAGCAUCACUACUUUGGAAAACUCACUUCGUGAGCUAGAGGGGAAGAAGGCAAAUAUGAUCAUCCCCGACGAAGGAACUAUCCGGGAAUAUUAUGAUCUACGCACGCAGUUGGAAACCUUCUCUGACGAUGUCCGUGCUGUCAUCACCCAUCCGAACCAUUGCCGGCCCUUCAUCUCGGCUGGCCGUCUGAUUCAAAUCGUACACCAAGGCCAAGAUUUUGGAUGGGGUGCUGUAGUCAAACUCUCACAGCGCAGACCUGCAAAGGACACCAAAGAAGAAAUCGAACCACACAAGGCGUGGGUUGUUGACGUCCUUUUGAAGCUCUCUAAUGGACCCUCUGUUGCUACCAAGUCUUUCCAAGACUUCCCUAAGGGCAUUCAACCGGCUAAGCCGGGAGAGCCCUCCCGAUUCGAAAUUGUACCGGUUGUACUGAGCUGCAUCCACGCCAUCGGAAAUCUUCGCAUCUUCCUGCCAAAGGAUAUCAAAUCUGAUGAUGCCCGAACUGGAGUGGGGAAGGCUUUGGAUGAAACGAAAAGACGAUUCCCCGACGGUGUUCCGCUCCUCGAUCCCAUUAUAGAGAUGAAAAUCAUGGAUGAUUCCUUCAAGAAGUUACUACGGAAAAUUGAGGUUCUCGAGUCUCGCCUGCUGGGCAACCCGCUUCACCACUCCCCAAGACUGCCAGAGCUGUACGACCAAUAUGUCGCGAAGGUCAACUUGAACAACGAGAUCAAGGCGACCAAGAAGAAGAUUAGCGAUGCCAUGUCGAUUUUGCAACUUGACGAGUUGAAAUGCCGCAAGCGUGUGCUCCGUCGCUUCGGCUUCAUCAACGAGGCGGAAGUUGUACAAAUGAAGGCCCGUGUCGCCUGUGAGAUUAGUACCGGUGAUGAGCUGAUGCUGUCUGAGUUGCUUUUCAAUGGUUUCUUCAACAAUCUUACUCCCGAACAACUGGCAGCCGUCAUCAGUGUCUUCGUGUUCGAGGAGAAGGUUAAGGAGGCCCCGCCUUUGAGCAAGGACGAGCUUGCAAAGCCCCUCAAGGAGAUUCAAGCACAAGCUCGAAUCAUCGCCAAGGUCUCGCAAGAGUCCAAAUUGGCUGUGAACGAGGAUGAAUACGUCCAGAGUUUCCACUGGGAGCUGAUGGAGGUCGUCUAUGACUGGGCACAUGGCAAGUCCUUUGCCGAUAUCUGUGGCAUGACGGAUGUGUAUGAAGGUAGCUUGAUCCGUGUUUUCCGACGACUAGAGGAGUGUCUGCGUCAGAUGGCGCAGGCCUCCAAGGUGAUGGGUAGCGAGGACCUGGAGAGCAAGUUCGAGGAGGCGUUGACCAAGGUCCGCCGGGACAUUGUGGCUGCUCAGUCGCUUUAUCUGUAA